AUGGCGUAUACUGGUCAUUAUCCCGGGUUGGUAACUGAACCAGGCAGGCACCCGAAAACGAAGUCGAUAACAUACAGUAUUCGAAAGCUUCCCCUACCUUCCAUAUUAUAUAGGCCAUACCUCCUCAUUAUGAAGCCGGCCGAUGGCAUGCCACCCGAUCAAGGCGCUUUAGCUGGUCUGGUCGACCGUGCGUAUCCGUGCAUCGCGGCUGGCAAGGCCGUCAAACUGUCUCAAAUCACUGCCUUGGCCCAAUGUCCAGAUGAGUGGGGGUUGCGCCAUGAGGUCGGCGCCACAAAAAGCCUUGCUCGCGCCUUAGAGCCAUGGUUCAAUGCUUCCUGGGCACGUCUACGCAAAAGAAGGAUGUGGGACAUGGAUCAAGGCUGCAGACUUGGAGGCGGAACGAUCGACGAGCGUAUGGUCUACAAGCUCCGAGCACCAGACCUAAUGAGCCUACGCGCUGAGUUGAAUGCGUGUAAGAUUCUCUAUAAGCGAAGCAUUGGAAUCGAGGCCUUAUUGACAAUUUCCGACGCACAACCAACACGGCUCACAGAUUCCAUAAUGUCCACGAAGAUGCGGCCACCGUCAACAAAAGAAGACAGGAAUCUCAAUGAUACCACUGCACAGAAGCAGGACCCUAUCGAGAGGAGAAGAUUACAAAAUCGGCUUUCACAACGGAAUCAUCGGCGCAAGAUCCGAGAUCGCAUUGCCAAGCUCCAAGAACGCGUUAUUGCAAGUGAGCUGCGAGCAGCAGCCAGCUUGAACGGCUGGGACCAUCCCAGCACACUCACACCGUCGCCUGUCGAUCGGAUGCCGCCAAUUUUCGAUACUGAAGGACAUCCUUCACCUCCCAUCCAGGAUGUCUCGCCGGCUUUGGGUUCCACGUACUUCCCACAAUCAAGAGUCAUCUGUUCAUCCUGCAGUAGCGCUUUGGGCUCAAUACCAGUCCUAUCCUCUCAGCCAUCCUUUCCUUCCAUAUACGAUGCCACGAAUGACCUCGAUACUACCUCCCCCUCAUCGGCUUUGAGAAAUAGUGCCUUCUAUCCUCGAUCGAAUUCUAUCAAUCCCGAAAUGCAGAACAUGAGCAACAUCUACCCCUCGAUGGACUCCAAUAUUCCUCUCGCAGAACAGUGGAAUGGUACAACCCAGUACCCAGGGUCUUCCUUUUAUUACAUAGCAACAGAAGCAUAUCUUCCCCAUAUCAUGCAAGCCAUAAAUUCCGGCUCGUCACGUCCCAAGGCAAUUAUUGUACUUCAACAAAACAAUCAUCCCCCAGGGCUGCCAGCACCCCUGCCUACAUCCCAGUCAUCGCCGCCUGGCGGCAGCGCGGUCGAAUUGCCCGCGUCCUCGAGUCCACUGGGCAUGCAUGAUUCGCAAUGCCAAUGCCAGGGCCAGGGCUUAAUGACUUCGGGUGAAUGGUUCAGGGCGCAAAGAUGUUUGCCUGCGCCAAUGAAUUAUAUUCCCGAGACAGCCAUUGCCGCUGAAGAAUGCCUAAGUGUGGGCCCAAACUGGCUGAGUCCAUGGACGCCGACAAACACCACUAUAGUACAUGCAUCACCCAUACGAGUGUAUAAACGGAGCGUCGACCUCGGCCAAAGCCCGACAUACUACUUGUUUUGUGCAUGA